CUCUUCCACGGGACUACAUCUGAGAGCGCACACGCUUUUUCCUGCCUUUUCUUUGCGCGCAAAAUCGGUGGCGCUUUUAUUUCCAGGCCCCCACCAUGAGCGCAGGGCAGAUCUACGAGAAGAAGAUCGCUAGCAUUUUGACGGAUCUUCCCGGAUCUAUGAGCUGCCACCCCAACUCCAAGGACUCCCCGACUUUGCCCGAGUCUUCCGUGACGGACAUGGGCUACUAUAGCGGACAGACGAGCCACGGACACCACGAGUACUACCAGGGCCAGGCGUACGGGCAGCCGAUGAACUCAUACCACCACCAGUUUAACCUGAACGGAAUGGGAGCCGCUGGAGCGUACCCCACCAAAUCUGAAUACCCCUACUCCAACAGCUACAGACAGUACGGACAUUACAACAGAGACCACCUGCAGGCCUCCCCACCCAGCUCAGUUAAAGAAGAGCCAGAGCCUGAGGUUCGGAUGGUAAAUGGAAAGCCCAAAAAGAUCCGGAAGCCGAGGACGAUCUACUCUAGUUACCAGCUCGCCGCUCUGCAGAGACGCUUCCAGAAGGCGCAGUAUCUGGCGCUGCCGGAGCGAGCCGAGCUUGCGGCUCAACUGGGCCUGACUCAAACCCAGGUAAAAAUUUGGUUCCAGAACCGGAGAUCCAAGUUCAAGAAACUGUACAAGAACGGAGAGGUUCCCCUGGAGCACAGUCCCAACGCCAGCGACUCCAUGGCCUGCAAUUCUCCUCCGUCCCCGGCAGUGUGGGACAACACCACCCAGCAGAACACUCCGAUCAGCCGAGCUCAGGCCCCGCAGCAGAACCACAGCUCGUCCCCGCCCUACAUGGAGGAUUAUAGCAACCACUGGUACCAGCAGGGAUCGCACCUACAGCACCCGGGGACCGUGCACCACCCGGUUCCUCAGCAGAGCGUGGGAGCAGUUUACUGACACUUACAGAAGGUCUCCCCUCCGAACAUGGACUCUCCUCUGAGCUAACUGGACCUGGGCAGACCUGCCUUCUUUUUUUGGACGAGCGAAGAGCUCAAAAGCACAUAAGGGAUUUAGUUUUGUAUUUAAAAGGACGACUGGCGUGGUUUCUUUCGAGUUAUUUAUCGUUUCUGUUGUAUUUCUCUUUUGUACGUGACCACGGACUCUUGACAGUUAUGCAGUUGAUCCAUGUGGGUUUGUAGAACUAAAUCAACGAAAAAAAAACUCAGGUCAUAUUUAUAUAUAUGUGUACAAAUUGUUGUCGAAGGCUGUAAAUAUGUGUUUAUAAGCAGAACCACUAUGAUCAUAUUUGUUUGAGUUGCACUGCAGUGCUCACCAAAAAUACUUUUUAUAAU